GUUUUACCUUCUCUAAGCCAUACCUGGUCACAUUUCUGGAGCAAGGACAAGGACCUUCAGACAUGGAGAGACAAGCAGCAGCUGCCAUGGGAACAGGAAACAAACACUCUACUGGCAAAGAAUGUGGCAAAGCCCCUCCUUGGAACUCACAACCUAUUAGCCACCAGAAAGUUAAUCUAAGAAAGAAGCCAUAUAAGUGUGAAGAAUGUGCUAAGACUUUCCGUUCUCCAUCAUUACUUUGUGUACACAGGAGAAUUCAUACAGGAGAGAAGCCCUACUAUUGUGAAGUGUGUGGCAAGGGCUUCCGUGCUCCAUCAUUACUUUCAAAACACAAAAUUAUCCAUACAGGACAGAAACCCUACAAGUGUGAAGUAUGCCAGAAGGCCUUCUAUUUUCCAUCACGACUUUCUCUACACAAAAGAAUUCAUAUACAAGUGAAACCCUACAAGUGUGAAAUAUGUGACAAAGCCUUCUGUUUUCCAUCACUACUUUCUGAACACAUGAGAAUUCAUAAAGCAGAAAAACCCUACAAGUGUGACACAUGUGGCAAGGCCUUCAAUUAUCCAUCACAACUGUCUCUACACAGUAAGAUUCAUACAGGAGAGAAACCCUACCAGUGUGAGGUAUGUGGCAAGGCCUUCUGUUUUCCAUCAAAUCUUUCUCUACACAUUAAAAUCCAUACAGGAGUGAAACCCUACCAGUGUGAGGUUUGUGUCAAGGCCUUCUAUUUUCCAUCACAACUUACUGUACACAAGAGGAUUCAUACAGGAGAGAAACCCUACCAGUGUGGCGUAUGUGGCAAGGCUUUCUAUGUUUCAUCACAACUUUCUUUACACAAGAGGAAUCACACGGGCGAGAAACCCUACAAGUGUGAAGUUUGUGGAAAGGCCUUCUGUGUUCCAUCACAAAUUUCUGAACACCAGAGAAUUCAUACAGGAGUCAAACCCUACCAGUGUGAAGUUUGUGGGAAGGCAUUUUAUUUACCAUCACGUCUUUCUGAACACAAGAGAAUUCAUACAUCAGAGAGAUCCUUCAAGUGUGAAGUAUGUGGCAAGGCCUUCAAAAGUAAACCAGUACUGUCUGUACACAAGAGGAUUCAUACAGGAGAGAAACCCUACAAGUGUAGUGUAUGUGGCAAUNAGUUAUGUGACAAAGCCUACAAUAGUCGAGCAGGACUCUCUGUGCACAAGAGGGUUCAUACAGGAGAGAAACCCUACGAGUGUCAAGUAUGUGACAAAGCCUACAACAGUCGAUCAGGACUUUCUGUACACAAGAGGGUUCAUACAGGAGAGAAACCCUUCAAGUGUGAGUUAUGUGACAAAGCCUACAAGAGUCGAUCGGGACUUUCUGCACACAGGAGUUUCCAUACAGGAGAGAGACUCUCCAAAUGUGAAGUAUGUGGCAAAACCUUCAAAAGCCCAUCAGCAUUUUAUACACACAAAAAAACUCAUACAUAAGAGAAACCGUUCACAAGUCAGGUAUGUGUCAACGACUCCUAUGUUGCAUCACAAGUCUGAACACUAGAACAUUCUUACAGGAGUGAACCCCUUCAAGUGUCAAGCAUGUGACAAAGCUUUCUAUAUUCCAUCACAACUUUCUGUACACAACAGGAUUCAUAUAGAAAAGAAACCCUUCAAAUGUGAAGUAUGUCGUCAGGCCUUUACUGAUCUGUCAUAACGUUCUAGAUAUAUGAGCAUUCAUACAGGAGAAAGACAUUAAAAUUGUAAAGUGUGGCAAGGAUUUCAAGUCUCCAUCAGCACACAAGAGAAAUCAUACAGGAUAGAACCCUGGAAGUGGGAAGUGUGUGUCAUUGUUCCAUGCUGCAUCAUUGUUUGGUGCUGCCGAACGCCUUUUGCUCCUUUAGCCAUAGCCGCUGAAAUACCAGCCCACUGGGGCAUGGUCUCUUUCUCUUUAA